AUGGCCAUUGAGCGCUCCAAGGUGCGCCAUGAUUUCUGCAAAACCUAUGGGAAUAAUUGCCAGAAUGUCCAUAGGCAUUGCUUUGAGCCAGAUUCAAGUUUCCUCCGCCAGUUUCUUGUUUUCUUCAACGCACAAAACGCUGCAGAUUUUAUCAUACUUGUCGAGACGUGUCGUCUACUGCACAAGUUUGCUCUCACCACUGGUGACAUUGUCAGCCUUUUUUCUGGCGUGGACUAUUCCUCUGAGCGUAAUUUGGUGGAUUUUAGAGUUAAGAAACUUGCAUUUGCUUGCAUCGAGGCUAUACAUCAGAAUAGGAACCGUUUAAGCGAUCAACUCUUAGUUACUCCUGAAGAGGCUAACAUUUCAACAGCUAUCUUGAUGGAGGCGAUGUCAUUGUUGCUAGAUCCUAAACUGCCUUGGGCAUGCAAAAUAGUUAGUUACCUACAGAGAAGAAACAUAUUCAAACUGUUUCGGGAAAUUGUCAUUACGGCUAAGGAACAACGCCCAAGAGGUCAGACUCUGACUGGCAGCAUCGUUUCACUAGAAAGAGUAUUGAUACUGAUAGUACCACAUGUUGGCCGUGAGCCAUGUUGCUGCCCUGCUGUUGAUUCUCGUUGGAGUUUCUCAUCUAUGAUCCUGACAGUACCUUUGAUAUGGCAGCUCUUCCCACGCUUGAAAUUGGAUACCUGCGUUCUCCCAAUAGAUACAAGCACAGAAUUCCCUAGUUAUGCUUGCCUUCUUGGUAAUACGUUGGAAACUGCGAAUGUGGUGCCUGAAUUUUCACUGGACAUGGCAAUUGACAUUGCAUCAGUUGCAACUUUCUUAAUGGAGAAACUUCCUCCUGUGAAGUCAUCAGAAAGAGAAAGCAGACAGCGCUCUUCUGACGAGGAUGAUAUGUUGAUUGAUGAUGUACCAGAAUUUGGCUUGAAUAGGAAUCUGGAGCAGCAGAUAACCAUUGCUAUAGACUCCCGCUUUCUUCUGCAGAUAACGGAGGUUUUGUUCCAUCAAGUUUCGCUUGGUACAACGCAGGCAUACGAUGAAGAUAAAGAAGCACUAGCUAUUGGCACAGCCAGUUCUUUUCUGUAUGCAGCAUUCAACAUUCUUCCUCUUGAGCGAAUCAUGACAAUUUUGGCUUAUAGAACUGAGCUUGUAGCUGUGUUGUGGAAUUAUAUGAAGCGAUGCCAUGAGAACCAGAAGUGGUCAUCCAUGCCUAAACUCCUAGCUUGCCUUCCAGAAGAUCCUCCGGGUUGGCUGCAUAUGCUUAUGAUACUUGACAAUGAGGAGUUUUACGAGCGAGAGAAGCCAUUGUCGCUACAAGAUAUUAGGCACUAUUCUCAAGCAGGCUUUGUGUUUUCAUAUGGUUGCGUUGUGGCAGUGGCUUUAUGGCGAUUACUAUGGGUGAAUCCACUUACGCAACCUAACACUGGGAAAUAUCUCUCAAACGACCUCUCGAAGAAGAACCGUGUUGACUUGAUUCAGAACAGGGUUGGGCUUGUAGUCUCUGAAUUACUUUCACAUUUGCAAGAUUGGAACAAUCGGCUGCAAUUCACUUCCUCGAGCGACUUCCAAGCUGAUACAGUCAAUGAAUUAUUCAUCUCUCUGGCCAUAAUGAAAGCUACGAGAGCCAACUACAUACUGAUGCAAGCUCCUUUUCUGAUUCCGUUUACAAGCAGAGUCAAAAUAUUCACAACACAAUUAGCAACAGCAAGACAGAGUCAUGGAUAUCAAGGCAUUUUUGCUCGAAAACCGUUCAGAAUACGAAGAGAUCACAUCUUGGAAGAUGCUUACAAUCAAAUGAAUGCAUUGUCAGAGGAUGAAUUCCGGGAAUCGAUUCGCGUGACAUUUGUCAAUGAGCUUGGAGUGGCGGUAACUGGUAUUGAUGGUGGUGGCAUUUUCAAAGACUUCAUGGAGAAAAUUACCCAAGCAGCCUUUGAUGUGCAAUACGGGUUGUUUAAGGUCGAGACUGUGGAUCACAUGCUUUAUCCUAAUCCUGGAUCAGGAAUGAUACAUGAACAGCAUCUCCAGUUCUUUCAUUUUCUCGGCCGUCUUCUCGCAAAAGCUAUGUUUGAAGGGAUUCUAAUUGAUAUACCAUUUGCAACGUUCUUCCUCAGCAAAUUGAAACAAAAGUACAACUAUUUGAACGAUUUGCCUUCUCUGGAUCCUGAGUUGUAUAGGCAUCUUAUAUUUCUCAAGGUUCUCAUAUCUGGUUCAGUUGAAAGUUUGGAUAUUGACGACCUGCGAAGCAACAGUAGUUAUACUGGAGGGUACCACAUUGGACAUUCUGUGAUUGAUAUGUUCUGGGAAGUUAUAAAAAGCUUCUCAACCGAAAACCAGAAGAAGUUGUUAAACUGUUCAAGAGGACCACUGCUCGGUUUCAAAUACUUGAAACCUUCAUUCUGUAUACUGAGGGAUGCCGGUAAUGAUUCAGUUGAUGGACUACCUACAUCAAUCGCUUGUUUGAACCUUCUUAAGCUUCUACCCUAUCAAAGCAAAGAGCUACUUGAGACCAAAUUGAUGUACGCCAUAAGCGCAGAUGCGGGUUUUGAUAUGAGCUGA